AAAGGUUGUGCAACGAUGAUAAUCUUAUGGCUAGUGAUUGGGAUCAGUGCUCUGGUGCACUGGCUUUUUAAAAUCAACAAGGAUUACCACAUUCUAGCCUUCUUCUCCAGAAGAGUUACUGCGAAAGAUGGCAAGCUUGUGGAAAGCAUCGCACCCACGCCCAAGGGUAGAACCAUAUUCGCCAAUACCUUCGACUUGUACGGCAGAGAUCACGCUGGUGUUUUUGAUCACUCCCGUGAACGUGCAAAACAAAUGGGUACCAGCUACAUUGAAUAUGCAAUGGGAACGGCCAUUUACAAUGUAAUUGAUGCCGAUAGCGCGGAAAAUGUACUGAAUCAUCCCAAUCUGAUAACCAAGGGACUUGUCUACAAGUUCCUGCAUCCAUUUCUUAGGACUGGGUUAUUGACAUCGACUGGGAAAAAAUGGCAUGCCCGUAGGAAGACGCUUACUCCUACGUUCCACUUUAAUAUUUUAAAUCAAUUCCAGGAGAUCUUCAAAACGGAAAGUUUUAAGUUUCUCCAACAAUUCGAGGGUCAAGAUGACAUAACCAUAACAUUACACGAUGUCAUUCCAAGAUUUACUCUGAACAGUAUUUGUGAGACCGCCAUGGGCGUAAAGCUGGAUGAGAUGGCCGAGAAGGGCGAUCGCUACCGGGAAAACUUCAGUCAGAUUGAAGAAUGUUUCAUUCGCCGUUUAAGUAACCCACUUCUGUGGGGCGAUACUGUCUUUAACUUGUUUGCAGCCAAAGAUUACGCCGCUGCCCUCGAUGUGGUGCACAGUUUUUCCAGUGAGAUUAUAGCUAAGAGGAGAGUUUUGCUGAAGGAUGAGUUAGACAACAGAAGCGCCAACCAGUCCGCCGAUGAUGAAAUAUUCAACACCAAGAAGCGUUUUGCCAUGCUGGAUACUUUAAUUCAUGCCGAGAAAGAUGGCCUUAUCGACCACAUUGGUAUUUGUGAGGAAGUGGACACUCUCAUGUUCGAGGGUUAUGAUACCACCUCAAUUGGUCUAAUCUUUGGUUUGAUGAAUAUGUCUUUGAAUGCUGACAAACAAGAACUGUGCUUUAAGGAAAUCCAAGAGCACAUUGAUGAUGACCUAUCCAACUUGGAUGUAAGUCAAUUGAACAAGCUCAAGUACCUGGAGUACUUUAUGAAGGAAACCAUGCGACUGUUUCCCUCAGUUCCCAUUAUGGGUCGUGAAGCAGUUCAGGAAACGGAACUGGCCAAUGGUCUCAUCUUGCCAAAGGGUUCUCAGAUAACCAUUCAUGUUUUUGACAUCCACCGUAACACCAAGUACUGGGAUUCCCCUGAAGAGUUCCGUCCGGAGAGAUUCCUACCCGAAAAUGUACAAAACCGUCACACCUACGCCUAUGUUCCAUUCAGUGCUGGUCAAAGAAAUUGCAUUGGUCAAAAGUAUGCCAUGCAGGAGAUGAAAACCCUAAUGGUGGCUCUUCUCAAGCAAUUCAAGAUUUUGCCAGCUAUCGAUCCCAAAAAGAUCAUUUUCCACACGGGAAUAACUCUGCGAACUCAAAACAAGAUCAGAGUAAAGCUUGUGCGAAGGAAAUAAAGUUAGCUAUUUAAGAAGUUUAUAUAUCUAAUAGAUAUAUACUACCAUGUUUUGUAUAUAAUGACAAAAAAUUAAACAAUAAAAAUCAUUAAAUUCGAA